AUGGUGGAAAGGUCACACUCAAGCUCCGUAUCAAGUGUACAUUCCCAUGGCCUCUUCGUCGAGAGCGAAAACAAUCUGAACGGAAACCGACAGUCAACAACACCACUAAUCGACGCGAUCCCCGACUCAGCAUAUGAGCCAUCCGCUGAGGCUACAGCCAAUGAAAAAGAGGGGAAGGAAGCUACAAAAGACACAUUCGACACAUCGAUCUCAGAUUGGUUUAUCUGGGAAGUACUGGCGAUAGUUGCCUCGCUUUUAUUACUGAUCGCCAUAAUUGUCGUCUUAUCUCAGUUCGAUGGGCAUCCUCAACCAACGUGGAAAUACAUAUCGCUGAACUCAUUGAUCUCCUGGUUGAGCACCAUUUCCAAAGGAUGUGUUUUAUUUGCCAUCAGCGAGGCAUUGGGGCAACUGAAAUGGGUCUGGUUUACCCAAAAGGCCCGGUCGCUGCCUGAUCUAGAAACAUUUGAUAGAGCCAGUCGAGGAUUCUAUGGCAGUGCAGAGCUAAUCUGGAGCCUCCGAGCGAGGCAUUUCGCUGUUCUAGGCAGUGUGGCCGUCAUUCUCGCACUCGCCUUCGAUCCCUUCGCUCAGAAUCUGGUCCACUACUAUCCCAAUCUGGUCACGGAUGUCUCGCAAAUUGCGACUGUGUCAAGUUCCUUUUAUUACGAUGAGGUCGGUCUGUCGUUUCAGUCUAACGCAGCGUGGUACGUGGACCCAAUAUUCAAGGCCAAUGUCUACAGCUCGCUACUCAACAGCGACCCAAAGAAGCCAUGGUCUAUCCCACAGUAUUCCUGCAGCACUGGCAACUGCACCUGGGAUCCAAUUUCUGCUUUGGAACUGAGCGCAAGCUGUACCAACAUUACAGAUCAGCUGAAGUUUUCUUGCCACGACGGCCCAGAGUUUAUUGCCAAAUACGGAGCGCCAAACUGCUCCGUCAAUCUUUUGGGCAGCAAUACCUCGGCGAGCUUUGUACCGAAUAGUUGGGAUGGCUCCCCGAUCUCAGUGGCAGCCGUCAAACCAAGUCAAUCGUUGGUAUACAAAAAUAUACACCACUAUGUCACUCAGAUGAUCGCCCCAGAUGGGCUGCUAUUAGCAGGUCCAUUUAAACCAGGGGUGACUCCAUGGCAGGCAAUGGAAUGUGCCCUGAUCCCAAUCGUCCGAAGCUUCCGCAUAACCGUUACAAAUGGCACAUAUCGCGAGGAGACUCUGGACACUUGGACAAACGGCACAACUAAUUCCAGAGGAGGAUACUAUCUCUAUCCACCGUGGGGACCGGAGAUGGGAAUGAAGCACAACCAGAGCUUUGGGUUGAGCGUACCGACUAUGAAAUCGAUGGACGGUUUCUUCAAAAGUAUAUUCACGGGCAACGCAAAGCUUAGUCCCCCGAACGUUGAGUUCAAUUCUUACGGUGGCUCGUAUGCUGGCACCGAUAUUAUCCAAGCCAUCUUAUACGCCAAGAUUACCGGCUGUACAGCCACCACUGCCGACAAACUUCGAUGUGUCAUGGAGAAUGUUGCUGCGGCAGCAUCCAAGACCUUUCGAGACUCGGUGGCUAAUGGGAACGGCGCAGGAGGAAAUGGCACGAUCUCUGGCCGGGCAAAUUCUAGCGCGACGUAUAUUGCUGUCCAUUGGCAGUGGAUUGCUCUCCCAGCCGUGGUGUGGCUUCUGGGUCUUACGACGUUGGUCGGUACUAUAUGGAAGAGUCGACGGGGUAGCGUUCCUAAGUGGAAGAAUGAUCUGAUACCUUUGUUGUUCUUGUAUAAAAAUGGCCAGGAUGGGGGUGUCCUAGACAGCAGUCUCAAUGUGAGACUAUACAAAUGCGAUGAUAAGAUGGUGUUAGGUGGGUAG